CGGUCGGUCUGCACAGCCUGGAGUAAGUGGCCCGUGGAGCUGCAGCGAGAGGCCAGCUCCUCUGCCAGCCGGAGACGGUGCGGCCGGGGGAGCGCUGGCCACCAUCAUGCCCUCCAUGGCUCCCACGGGGCCCUCAGCUGGGGCGGCCCCCAACGCCACAGCGGCACCGGCGGCGGUGUGGACCAACGUCAGCCUGCCGGAGAUGCCCCUGUUCCACCGGUUUGCCCAGCUGGACGAGCAGCUGCACGCCACCUUCCCGGGCCUGUGGCUGGCGCUGAUGGCAGUGCACGGCGUCAUCUUCCUGGCAGGGAUGGUGCUCAACGGGCUGGCACUCUAUGUCUUCGGCUGCCGCACCCAGGCCAAGACGCCGUCGGUCGUCUAUACCAUCAACCUGGUGGUGACCGACCUGCUGGUGGGCCUAUCCCUGCCCACGCGCUUCGCCGUCUUUUACGGCGCCCGCGGCUGCCUGCGCUGCGCGCUGCCGCACGUCUUCGGCUACUUUCUCAACAUGCACUGCUCCAUCCUCUUCCUCAGCUGCAUCUGCGUGGAUCGCUACCUGGCCAUCGUGCGGCCCGGCGGCUCCCGCCGCUGGCGCCAGCCGGCCUGCGCCAGGGCCGUGUGUGCCUUCGUGUGGCUGGCCGCCGGCGCCGUGACCCUGUCCGUGCUGGGCGUGACGAGCGCCGGCGGCCCCUGCUGCCGCAUCUUCGCGCUGACUGUCCUGGAGUUCCUGCUGCCGCUGCUGGUCAUCAGCGUGUUCACCGGCCGCAUCGUGUGCGCGCUGUCUCGGCCUGGCCUGCUGCGCCAGGGCCGCCAGCGCCGCGUUCGGGCCAUGCAGCUGCUGCUCACCGUGCUGGUCAUCUUCCUCGUGUGCUUCACACCCUUCCACGCUCGCCAGGUGGCCGUGGCUCUGUGGCCCGGCGUGCCACGCCGCGCCAGCCUCGUGGCCUAUCACGUGGCUGUGACCCUCAGCAGCCUCAACAGCUGCAUGGACCCCAUCGUCUACUGCUUCGUCACCAGCAGCUUCCAGACCACCGUCCACGGCCUGUGUGGCCGGCGUGGAGCAGAGUGCGAGCCCAACGGCUGCGACAUGGUCAGCGUGCAUAAGAGCUCCAAGAGCUCAGCCCACCCUCACAUCCUCGGGGCCAGAGCUCGAGCCGUCACACAGGCCCUGCCUAACGGGCCUGACGCUUAGUCAGCAGGACGCUGCAAGGGGGCCAAAUGUCGGGACCGGGCUGGGCAGGCCAGGUCAGAGACAGUGCAGGUAUCUGCUCUACUAGAGUGGCAGAUUGGGUUCACCUUGAUCGAUUAGUGAUGGCUGCCCAGUGCCCUUCCUGGACAUAGGGUCAAAGGCCACUGUGCUGUGAUUGACUGGCAAUGUCUGCCACGGGCUCUAGAGAGGACGUGGUGGACUGAAUGCUCAUUAUUUGCCAUCCCUAGGGUAUAUGCUGUGUCCACUGAAGACCCAGAGGGGUAGCCAGGAGCUGGCUUCCCAUUUGGAUCAUUCUACCCCCAGAAAGGGUUCCUGCAAAACAGGGACAGAGACUUUUAAGGUACUAGGAAUUUCAAAGAGGGUUUAAAAGGUGACCUAAAGAGGUCCCCUCCCCACCUCUCCCCCAUCAUCUCUCUGCCCCACAGAGGCAGAGAGCUAGAACAGAAGAGAAGGGGACGCAAGUGUCACGUGAGCAGACGAGAGGGGUUCACCUCUGCAGGGCCCACUUGAGGCACCCGUGAGUCACUCAGAAAGACAGGCUGACCCCGUGGGGCGCUCCGCUGUGAGCACCGUGCUAUCUGGGCUAACACUUGCACCCUUCAAAGGAGACACUAUUUUCUACCCCACUCCAGGGGAGGAGCUGAGUGGCACACGCAGGGCAAGGCAGUGGGCGGUGGGCAAAGCAGAAUCAAAAGCCAGCCCCACCUCCUCCAGCACCCCCGUGCCUGCCCAUGGGCACAGUUCACAUCUUCCCAAAGCGCCCCCCACCCCCGCUCCGGGGACCAUCUCGGAAGACCCUGCCUGCUGGCCCAGGAGGGCAGUAGACUCCCAGCCCCAUCCUGUGGAUGCGAAACCAAGGACAAAGACAGACUUGAACGCAGGCCUGCUGGCCUAAGGCCACGUCUGGCCACGCACAGAGCCCUGUUCUCCCUCCUGUCUGGCUCAUCAUGCCUCGCUGCCUUUCCUGCAUGCAUGCGUGCUAAGUCACCUCAGUCGUCUCCGACUGUUUGCAACUCCGUGAACUGUA